GUCAUUCUGCUGCCAACAUUCGAACAACGCAGACGCAGACGUCGCGAUCGUCGCGUUUAUUUUGUGUUUAUUCAUCGAUAGUGUUUACGUAUUUCGCCCGGUGUUUUUUCGUGUUUAUAUCGGAAUCGUUUACCGUUGCGCAGUGUAAAACUAUUUCCCAUUCUUCUCCACCCCACCCCAACCAUUGACAAACUGUGUGUGUGUUGUGUUUCGUGUUUGGUGCUGUGUGCUUUGUUUGUGUAAAUAACACUGACCAUAAUCAAAUGACACGUGCUUAAAAUAAAACAGCGAUAUUAAUACUAAACUGGGAUUACCUCGACUUUGCUUUAUCAAUAAACAACGGAAUGUCCUUUCAGCGCAGCUACAGCAAAGUCUGGUGGGGCUCAGAGGGCCAACAGUCAGGCAGCAGCUUCACCAGCGGCGGUUUCUACUCGCACUUCAAUUACGGUUACCAGCAACCACAAUUGCAGCAUCUGCAGCAACAGCAGCAGCUGCAGCUGCAACAGGAGCAACAUCAGCCCGCAUCCUUGGACAGCGCCUUGCAACGGCAUCUGGGCAACAACGCUGGCAAUCUGUCCAGCAUUCAGGAGGUGGACGAUGAGCAGAACAGCUCAAAGCUCUCCUGGCACAAACACAACAGUCCCGGCAGUCUGCGCAGUCAGGACUCGGGAUUCUCUGACAAUGAGGAGCAGCACAACAGCCAGAGCUCCACAGCUGUGGCAGACACCACAGCCACAUCAACAGCAACCGGCACGCCCAGUGCAUCGCCCACAUCCUUGAGAUCGGUGGCAACUCCGCCAACAGUCAUACGCCGUGUGGGCAACUCGUCCUUCUACUCGCCGCUGGUCAGCGUCACACGUCGCAUCUCCUUCAAUGGAGUGACAACGCCCAAGAAGCAGCCACUGGCAGCAGCUGGCGAGGAAGGCGAUGUGGAGGAGGACGACGAGUUGUCCGCCAGUCGCAGUCGCUUGUUCGAGCAACUCGAUAGUCUGCAGCUGGACGAUAAAGAUGAAAAGGAGCCAGCGCCAACUCCGCCACGUCCGGCUGUGAGACGUCGCAAGCGACUGGCACGCAAAUCGAAGCUGGAGCAGGAGCACGAACUCUCCGACGAGGAGGAGCCCAUGUCGCCAGUGACGCCACCGCCGCCGUACAACAACGAAACAGUUUACUUGGGUGAAGCGCCGCCGCCGUACAACAACGAAACCGUGACCUUUGGCAUUGCCCCACAACAGGAUGCGGAGGAUACUUUGAAAUUCGAGCCACUCUCGCCGCUGCGCAGUCGCUUCACAGCCAGCACAAGCACGCCCAAGGCGAGAGCGAGAACGCAACCCAUGAAGCCAGAGCCUCAGCAGCUGGAGCAGAACAAAGCUGUGCAGAGUUGGCUGCACGAGGAGCGCUGGAGUUGCGAGCCGGAGGUGAUGUGCAUGCUGCAGCACAAAUCGAUUGCCCAGGAGGCGUACAAGAACUUCACCAUCACGACGAGCGCGGUGGCCAAACUGAUGCGUCAGCUGCAGCAGCAGGCGCUCGAUCUCCAGGCGCACUUCGAACGCACCGAGCGCGUGCUCGCCGGGAUGCAGGCCACAACUUUAGCCGAAGCUUUGUCUGGUGCCACCCGACUGCUGACGCAUCUGGAUGAGUUCGCCUGUGUGCUGGAGCGGCGAGGUGUCUUCUUCAAUGAUGCUCGCGUUGAGCGGCGACGCUUCGAGCAGCAUCUGGAGCAGAUACGCACUGUGAGCAAAGAUACUCGCUAUUCCCUAGAGCGUCAGCAUUACAUGAACCUCGAUUCGCUGCUUGAUGAUGUGCAGCUCCUUAAGAGACAUACUUUGAUCACUUUGCGUCUGAUCUUUGAGCGUUUGGCGCGUGUUUUGGUGCUGAGCAUCGAGCAGAGUCGCUGCGAUCUUUUGCUGCGUGCCAACAUCAAUAUGUUGGCGACUCUGAUGAACAUUGAUUACGAUGGCUUCGCCUCGCUCUCCGAUGCUUUUGUCCAGAAUGAAGCGGUGCGUGCCCUGCUCAUCAUUGUGCUCGAUCACAAGCUGAGCUCGGUGCGUGCUUUGGCUUUGCGUGCACUCGCCACACUCUGCUGUGCCCCGCAAGCAAUUGCCCAGCUGGGCGCUUGUGGUGGCAUUGAGAUUGUCCGGGAUAUACUUCAAGUGGGUGGCAGCAACAACAGCGUGGAACGCGGUGGCAUCGAACGGAGGGAGGCGGUUUCCCUCUUAGCUCAAAUCACAGCCAGCUGGCAUGGACCCGAGCAUCGUGUGGAUGGACUCAAAGAUUGUGCUGAAACUCUUGUUGCUGGGUUGGCUGCUUUGUUAACGCCCGAGUGCUGUGCUCAGACCUUGUUGCUGUGUGCGGCAGCUUUGAAUAAUCUGAGCCGCAUGGAGGUCACUUCGCACUAUUCCAUCAUGUCGAAUGAGGCCAUCUUCAGGCUGAUCUCGACGCUGGAGCAUCAGAGCGACGGCAUCAGCGUCUUUCUCUAUGAGCAAAUCGUUGGGAUGCUGCAGAACAUGUCGCUGAACAAGAAGUGCCACAGCCACUUGGCCAACGGCAUCAUCAUAAAUUUCAUCACGUCCGUUUACCAAACGGAAUUCUACAAGACCUACGACUCACGUGCCGAAUGCGAUGCCCAGCGGCGCAGCAUUAAGGCGAUUCUCCACACGCUGACGCGUCUCGUUCAGCACUCGCACACACUCGGAGCUGAGCUCUUGGAGCAGUGGUGUCUCCCCGAUCUCCUGCGCCACUCGCUGGCCAUGCACACCGACAAGCUUGGAGCAGGUGGAGCGGGUGGAGCUGCCCAGUUGGAUCAGAGUGGAGGCGGCAGCGGAUACAGUGGAGACAUCUCUCAGCUGGCGCGACAAUUGCUGCAGGCCCAUCAGCAGGAGCAGCUGCUGCUGGCUGCUGGAGUCCGAACUGGAGCUGGAGCUGGAGGAGGAGCAACGUUUAGCAGUGGACAUCAGACGCCUGAAGCUCAAGCGGGCAGCAGUGGACGAAGCAGAAGGCCAUCGUCGUCGUCGCUGAAAUUCAAUUUAACACGUCAGGAGAGUUUUGUCUAGUUUUCGGGUGCUGGGACACCUGAGUGGCGAGUGGCGAGUGGCGAAUGUCCUAGGCACGUCCUCGUCGUCGGCAGCCCGGACGUGCGUCAAGUGUUAUUACUUGUCUCUCUGGUCACUGCGUGACCCGUUUUCCUUGUCUGCUUCAUCACUCGCUCUUAUGCUUCUUAUCCUUAACCUUAUGCUGCCAAAUGUAAACGAAGUAAUUUUUAUAUAUCCGGCCAAGCAAAAGGACACACACAUUGUACCAAAGGAAUAACAAAUACGAGGCAAACUUUUGCAUUUUUGUGGGCCAAGCACAAAAAUGUUCGAAAAGUGCAUACGCCUUGUUUCUAUCGCUAUCUCCUUCUUUACCCAGUUUACCUGUCUCUCUCUAGAACAAUGUAAAUAUUUUCAUACGGCAAGAGAACCAAAAUUUGUAUUUAUAGUCAAAUUGUGUGCCAAAAAAUACUAUGAGAAACACGUUAUUGUAAAUUAUGUUCGUAUUUUUUCGUAUUGUACAGUUACUCAAUAGCAUAGACAUAUACUAUAUAUUAAUACCAUUGUAUUAUUUAGCUAUUAACAUUUAAAUGUAAGCAAAAUAUUGAACAAAACAAAAUACACAUUACUUUUUCUUUUA